AUGAAGGUCGACCGCCGCUACGGCCAUGGCCACCAUCCUGGACCUCGACUACCGCGACCUGCGCCGUUGUACAUCUUGCACUUGGGAGCCUCAUCGCUGUCGUCUUGGUUCUCGUAG